AUGGCUCCAGUGUCCGUAGCUUCUGCAGAGAUUCUUCCUCCUCCUCCGCAAGACGGUGAGACCCUAUCGAAUGUACCGCAAAUGUUAUCAGGUGAAGACAGCAAGAAACAGAGGAUACAACGACCAAAUCCAACAACGCAGAGAAGUGCACCGUUAAAUGCGUCAGCAUUUGUAUUCGCAGUGGAGAUGGAGAAGGACCGCUCAAUAUCAGAAGGUCUCUUUCUUUCUCUCUGUUUCUUUCUUUCUCACUCGCUUUUCGUUACUGGUGGUUUUUCUCUUAUGAUGGAAAGGCCAUUUGUGGUAUUCGAACAAGGAUUUCGUAGCUGUAAUUACUGCUUAGUGGAAUGUUCGGACAUUUGCAACUUGAUAGGAGAUGGUGACUACGGACCUUGA